UUAUUCACAGCCACGUUUGCACUUCUGACUACUGCGUGCGAUAUACUGCUAGAAACUACUACCUUUGUUUGUACAAUUUAUUCAGUAGACAGUUUUCACAACAGAAAAUAAGACGCACUAAAAAAACCGCCAGACAAGAACUUUAAUGGGAAAGAAUUUUGUUGAAAGAGAUGCUAUGAUCACAUUUUAUUUUCACCACCCUUCAUCAAACCUGAUUACCUCCCUCACCUCCACCCCAUCAAUAAAAAAAAAAUUCAGCCCCUGGUAGUUUAACUGAAAAGCUGCACCAUUUUAAAAAACCCGCCUCACCAUGAGAGGAUCGUUGCAGGUAUAAAGGAAAAUCUGGAGAACAGCUUUAUGUUGGCUAGCAACACGACGCUUCCGGGAAUGAGCCAGAUGAGGGUGUUGCAUUGAAAGGCCUAUUGUUUUCCAUCAUGGCAGCUUCUUGUCUCGGGGCUUUUGGCUCCUACAAACUUCAAUACUCGCGUUACCUCAAAGAUAGAUUAGAGCGAGAAAGAACAGAGGCCCCGGCACAGAACGAAACAGUGUGGGUUACAAAGCGAUACGCUCCUACGGAUGAACGAGUGAUUGCUCCUGUUCCAAGGCACAAACAUGUGGUACCCACCCGGGCCAGCUAUCUGCGUACAGGAGAUAUUCACUGGAUCCCCGUCUCUGAUCCUCCUCUCUCAAGUUUCAAUAGACCGUCUGGACCUCCAAUGAAUGUUGUUUAUGUAUCUCAUCCAGCCACAAGAUCUGAAGAAUGGUCUACCCUGAGACAGAUGCUGCCUUCAUAUGGCAAUGUGUGGAGAGUGGACCAGCCCAACUGGGGCACCGCCUCAGGACCUCCCCCAACACCUCUCCCACGGUUAACUGGUCGCCUACCUCACGUCAACAGCUGCAUGACAAAGUACGUUGAUGACAUGCACAAGACACACAGACAGUUCAAGCAUUGCUGAGAGGUGGCAGUUGUUGUCCUUUGUGACCCUGUCUUUGCAGUGACUCAAGUGCGGUCAGAAUGAUCAGUUGCUUCUGUAGCUUGGCCUUAAGUCAUUUUCACGUACACAGCAUUUGUAUUUGCCUUUUGACACCUUUAUACAUUUUUAACGUCACUUGUGCCUCCAUUACUUUUUAAAGAAUUGCUGCUGGGAGGAAAAAUGUCAGUAAAAAUCCUUUCAAACACUGAAAGUUGUCAGGGUUUCUACUAAAUGAUGAGAAAUUAUAGCCGACAUUUGUCUCAGAUCAAGCAUGUACAGAUGGCCAGUUAGCUCUAUCAUAAAUUGUGACAAAACGAAAACACCCAUUUUGAGGAAUUCCAUCUCCUCACUUCCUGUCCAUCUCAAAGAUCAUAAGAACAUCUACCAAUGAAAGGAUGCCUGUGGUCAAUAGUUGUUUUGUUUUUUUCCUCUUUUGUUUUAAGCUAUGAAUAAGACACUGAUUUCCUUGUGACCGUAAGGAAAAUGGACUUUAAAAAAUCAACCCUGUUGUUGUUUAUUAGCAUUAUAAUGUAGAAUGAGAUUAUUUUGCACUGUUGAUUGUGUUGACUCUACACUUGGUAUCUAUUCACUUUGGAUGCCGUUGUUAUGAACAGUAUCGGAAACCUUUUAAAUACGGUAACUUAAAUGUUCAUUGUCAGUAUUAAUUUGAUGCUGUUGCUUGCCUUUUGUCAUUUAUCAAAAUUUGGAAGUUACUCACCGAAAGGAGAUUGAAAAAUUGUGAAUUUCUGUGUAAUUCAGUGCCUCACUCAGAGCUUUUCCAGAUAAACGGUAUUGAUUAGAUUGAUGUCCAUUCGAGCAACAGGACAUUUCCAAACUUUGUACAUAUUUGACAAGCCUUGUAGUUGUCAGCAUUCCAAUACUAUAUUGCUAACAGAGUAUUUGACAUCUUUUUGUAAUUGUCUCAGAACCCCUUUAGGGUCGUCUUUCAUAUAUAUAUAUAUUGCUCUGUAUACACUAAACAGUAUUACGUGCAUGGACAAGUUGAAUCUUUAGAUGGAAGAGUAGUCUUUUCUAUGUCACAUCAGAUGACUUUUUUUCUACAAUUUUAGUACGUCUUCAAACAUGUUAAUAAAACUUGGAAUAGAAUGUGA